AUGUGCGCGUCCCCCGUCGGACUGUCGUUGAAGAAGAAGCGCCGCGCGUCCGGGUCCGACGUCGGCCUUGUCGUCGGCCAUGUCGCUACGACGUCAACCACGCUGACGAGACCUUGGAAAUAUAAAUCCUAUCUGGCCUUGGAUUCGGUGGUGAAAAACGAAGACGUGGAAUUUGACUCUGAUUCGAGGAUGGACGCUUGUUCAGAUCCAGGAUCCCCUGUUUUGCAUCCAGCGUCAAAAAUGAAAGAAGCGGCGUCGUCGUUGCUAGCGCUCAGAGCAGGCGGUUCCUCGAACCCGGAAUCCCCAGAGCGAAUGGACGACGAAGACGACGACGGCGGCGGCGGUGGCGGCAGCAGCGGAACAAGUGUAAUAAGACACCGACACCGCAACGAAGACGACGAUGACGACGACGACGACGAUGACGACGACGAAGAAGAAGAAGACGAAAAAACCAACGACGGCAUGGACCUUCGGAUCGGCAUCCGUCGCGCCGAGGAAUGGGUCCUCUUGAGUCCACCUGCGUCCCAGUCUGGCAGCCCGAAACCCGUCGCAGGCGGGAACGCCUCGUCGGGUUCUGCUCAAGCCCACAUGCAGCAACAACAAGACGGAUUAGCUGUUGUCACCCAACAUUCUUUGCCUUCGGGUAGUGUUAAUGCUACUGGUGCGGCGUCAGCAGCAGCAGCAGCGGCUGCAGCUGCUGCAGUCGCGGCGGCGGCUUCAGUGGCGGCCCAGUCGUCGCCGGCGACGACGCUCGUGAACCCCGCUGUGAACUCGGCCGCCGCGGCGGCAAUCGCGAGUAUCGCGAGCAAGUCCCCGGUGUUGUCGCGGAAUCUCAUCUGCUACUAUCCUCCGUCGCCGGAUCCGAGUCGGAGAUCGAGUUUCUACUCUCCUACCGAGUCGCCGCUGCAGUCGAGACACAUGUCGGGUAAUUACAUUUCGAAUGUUUUACAUCAGUGCUCCCCAACCGGGGGUCUGCGGACCGGCGCCGGCCCGCAGAAGCUUCUUGCCGGAUUCAGUUCGCCGUAUUCUCAGACGCGGAGUCCGGGUUUGAGCCGGAACAAUUCGGACGCCUCGCAAUACGGCGGCUCUUCCAACUACUCGAGCUACAGCUCGAACCCGAGUCCGAGUCCGUUGUCGCCGGCGGACUUCAGCGCGGGCGCCGCGGCGGCCGAACUUUUGCAGCACUCCGCCCUCGCCCAGACCGGCAUCUCCAGGCAGCAGCUCAUCAACAGUCCUUGUCCAAUUUGCGGAGACAAGAUUUCUGGCUUCCAUUACGGGAUAUUCUCGUGCGAGUCUUGCAAGGGCUUCUUCAAGCGAACUGUGCAAAACAAGAAGAACUACGUGUGUCUGCGAGGCGCUGGCUGUCCUGUCACGAUCGCUUCGAGGAAAAAGUGCCCUGCUUGUCGAUUUGAAAAGUGUCUGUCCAUGGGCAUGAAGCUAGAAGCGAUCCGAGAAGACCGGACGAGAGGCGGCCGCAGUACUUACCAGUGCUCGUACACACUACCGACGAGCUUGCUGUCACCGCCUCUGGGUGCCGGCGCGGACGGCAGCGGCGGCGGCGUUGGCACGACCGCCACGGCGGCGGCGGUAUCGGCGGUGAACGGCGUGCCCGCGCCCGCGGGGUCACCGAACUUGUUGCAACCCGUGAGGGAAGCGGGGAACGACGAGCUGGCGGCUGCGCCCGUGACCGAGGCGAAUGUGCCACCGUUGCUCCAGGAGAUAAUGUCAGUGGAGCAUUUGUGGCACUACACCGAAGCCGAGCUGAACCGCAUCAACCGGAGGAUAGAAGAGUGCAACGCGCCACUAGCUGUGGACGAGGGCGUCGUGUUGUCGGGCGGGUCGCCGCAGGGUGCCGGCGCCGGCGCCGCCGUGUCGCGAAAGUCGUCGUCGUCGUCGACGGGGUCGUCCCGAAGCGGCAAGAACGGGUCGACGACCUCGGCGUCCUCCUCCUCGGCCGCCCUCAGCACCGACGACGACCGCCUGCUCACCUGCCUCUGCAGCAUCGCCGACCAGCGCCUCUACAAAAUCGUCAAGUGGUGCAAGAGUUUGCCGCUCAUGCAGGAAAUCCAGAUCGACGACCUGACGGCACUGCUGAUCAACGCCUGGUGCGACUUGCUGCUCUUUGCCUGCUGCUACCGAUCAAUGGCGACCCCGGGCCGGAUGCAGAUCUCAUCGGGCAAGUCGUUGACAGUGGCCGAGGCCAAGGAAGUCGGCCUGGACUUGUGCAUAGAGCGGAUGCUGGUGUUUGCCGACCACCUUCGCCGACUGCGUGUCGACCACUACGAGUACGUGGCACUCAAGGUCAUCAUCCUGCUCACUUCCGACGUGCCAGCUGGCCUCAAGAGCACCGACCGCGUUCGGGCCACGCAGGAAAAGGUCCUGCAGGCCCUGCAGGAGUACACGCUGGCCCGCACCCCGCUGCUGCCGUCCAAGUUCGGCGAGCUCCUGCUCAGGAUCCCCGAGCUGCAACGAACUUCUCAUUUUGUUAUGCAAGUUGGAAAAGAAAUGCUCAGCCUGAAGAAAGACGAUUCGAGAGAGCCGCAAUCGUUCAACCUGCUCAUGGAACUCCUGCGUGGAAAUCACUGACGAAAAACGACGACACCGUGUGACAGCGAUUUUUACGACAUCGACAGCGCGGCAACCGUUCAAGACCACCAGCGACGAAUUGCCAACGCAUCGACGAGGAAUAAAAUAUAAAAGCCCAAGGGGAUCUCAUAUGGAUGUAUUUUAUUGUUGUUCUCUGACUUCCCGUUUUCUUUUUGAUUUUGUGGAGAGGAUUCCAUUCCCUAUUUUGAAUCCCGGAGACGAAGAAAGAGAAGGGGGAAAAAUCUUUGCGGAACAGUGGGUUGUUGUGAUACAAACUUUGAUCGAUUUGUCAAUAUUUUACUAACUUUGCGAGGAGCGUCAGUCUCGUCGUCUUCCUUCGUGGCAGCUGAUUGAAAGGGUCCAAAGGGGGUUGUAAAAAAUGUGUUUUUUUUUUAACCCUGAGGAAAAAAUUGCAAAAAUUGUGUCAGUGUGUAAAAAAAAACGAAAAAAGUCCGUCAAGUGUGAGUCCGUCGCAGUUUUCAUCAGCCGUUUGUGAACCAUGCUGGUCCGUUUCGUGAAAACACCGGUGUGGUACUUCCACCAAAACUCGCUUCCUCGUCCUUGACGCCAUUUCUUUUUUGGAUAGUCCCAAUUUUUUUUUUUUUUUUUAAAUCGAGGGACCAAACAAUUCGUAUUCGGAAUCUCAUGUGUGGAUUGUGUCCGAUGGCCUGAGGAAAAGUCAUGCCAAAUGUUUUCUUCAUUGGAAGAAGAAAAGAAGAGGAUCAUUCUUUCGAUUUAUAUUGUAAUGGUGCCAUGGAAAUGAAAUUCUUUGAAAUUGC